UAUGCAGAAUACAGACACACUUUGGAGAUAUUUUAAUAAAUUUCAACUCAAAUGAUUAUGUGCAUUGUUUUCAGUUAUAGCCAAUAUAAUCUCAUAUUUUUCAUAUUUGUUUUUCUUAUUUUUGCUCAGGUUAUAGCUUUAAAAUGUCAUAAGCAACCGUGCCUUUCUAAGUAAUUUUUUAUAUUUAUGGUUGAAAUGAAGAAAACAUUUUUACACAUUAAUUAACAUGAAUUUAGAAUUUGAAGUACAGUAUGUUGCAUUGUAUAUUUCAGCAUGUCAUAUAGGAAAUAAAAUAAUUUGGGGAAUUGUGUGAUGAAGAUUGUAAAGUGCAGUUUUCAAUUACUAUACUCAAAAAAAAAAGAGUACAAAUAGAUUUAUUUUUUAUUGUGCUGUGUAAUUCAUUUAUCUAUUUUAAAAAAUCAUAAAUUUUACAGAAUACUAAUUACUGGUGGUGUAUGGAUGUACCUUUUUUCUUAAUUAAAGCAACCUAAUUUGAUGUAUUUAUAUAUCAUUUUUAUAAUUAGGUUACUUAAAGGUGUUGCCAUAUAGUAAAACACAGCUUUCUCAUUUGGGAGACUGUGUUGCUGUAUUUAUUUUCCGAAUGGUGGGAGUGUUCUUUUCUUCUUUUAAGUGGCAUCUGAAAGUGUGUUUAGUUUUUGUUAAUAAAUAGAUUGACUUUACCUGUGAAAAUUACCUAAUGAAUGGUUUGGGUAGGUAAUUGGAAAAACUUACUGGUUUAGAAUAGUAGAGGAUGUAUAAAAUAAAUAUUUUCGUAUGCCUUAGAUUUUAGAACACUUCAUAGUGUACCUAUUUUUUAUUCUAUUAUGACACUGGAGAUAUUUAUUAUGUUAAUCAAACCGAAUCUGUCACUAUAAUAUUAGCUUAUAUUUGUGUGUAUUUUAUACAGUUUUCAUAUUUGUGGUUAAAAAAUUGGAUCACAGCUAAUUAACAUACAUUGUUUUCUUUCAUAGUCUUUAUGUUAAACUAUGAACUUAUUUCUAUAUUUAUAUUUUAAUUUUAUCGCUGUACAAUUUAGGUGAUGCUUUUUAAGAAAUCAUAAAUCAUUUGUAUGUUACAUUUUUAAAAAUCAUGAUAAAGCAGGAUAUAAGUGAUUUUUUCUUCUAGUAAAGGAAGUAUCUCAGACAGCCUUAAUUUUGACAUGGGGAAAAUUCGGUGGCCAAUUUAAACUUUAAAAUUGGGAUUGUCUAAGAAUGAUUUUUUUUUAUUUUUUAAAUUGGGGGAAUUAAUGAAGUUUAAAAUAGAUCACUUCAUUUGUUUACGUAGUUGAAGGAAGAGUAUGAUAUUAGCAGUACAAUGUGAAUACUUUGUUAUAACUUCUAAAAGUCUGUACUCCUAGAUUCAAAGCAUCCUAGAUUCAAAGCAUCUUAGAAAUUUAUUGCUAUAUAUUUUAAGCCAAAAUUAGUAGAUAAACAGAAUUGUAACAAGUAGAAAAUCAAGUAGUAUAUAAUUUCCAGUAUUGUUCAGUUUAAUGGAUAGUUAUCAUUACACUGUUCUAUAACUUUGAUUCCAGUAUGAUAAAGUUGCUGAUAACAUGUUUUUCUUUAAAUCUUAAAGUUGUAAUAUUUAUAUUUGUAAUAUUUAUAUUUGCCAUACUACUUAUUAUUGUGGGUUACUUUAUAUUUUAUCUCUCUACAUCUUCAGUUGAAGGAAGAACCAUAAUCGCUCACUUAGAUAGUAAUACCUCUCUGAGAAUUUGCUGCAGUUUUAAUUAUUUCUCACUUUAAGCAAUAGGAAAUCUUAACAUGAAGGAGUGUUACUGGUAUAGCACAAUCUGUAUUAAACUUGUUUUGGAAAGAUAAUUUUUAUAUUUAACUCAUAUAAGGAAAUGUUUUGUGGCAUGGGAUUUCAAGAAAGAUUGACUUAGCUUUAAAAAUCUUAGCUAUUCAUUUUAUUUCAUUCUGAUGCUAUAUCUUCUGUCAUUCAUUUAGUAAGUCAUGGAACAUCAUUAAUUGAUAGUAUUUUCAUGAAUAAUAUAGCAAAAUGUCCUUUAAAAUUUGAUAUUUGAAGUCUUCUGGAUUUUGGAAAAAUAGCUAAUUUUAAAUUUGUGACAUUAUAAGGGAAUACAUUAUGUCUAACAACAUUGUCUUGCAAGUGUCAUCCCCAAAGGAUUUCAGGUACAGUUUAAAAAUAGGGAACACAAUUGGUGAAAUAGUUCAGUAUUUAUGUAUUGAAGAUGUUUUGUAUAAUACACAAGAAGAAUAAUGAUCUGUGUCUUGAGAGUUAUAAGGAGUAUGUGGUGUCACUAAAAAUCCGAGCAACAAACCACCAAUUAAAAACUUGUCUGUGUUAUAGUUCUUUUGCUUUGUUUUGCUCUGGUUUAAAGGAAUUAAGAUUUUUUUUUUAAGCUUUUAAAUGACACAAAUAACAUUUAUUGAAUAUAGUUAUGCCACUUGUUGACAAAAAUUCAGCACUUAAUAUAACCUUUUUUUUUUACCAUAGAGUUUAGUCUUAGUUGUUUCCAGUUUAGUAGAGCUGUGUUUUAAAGCACAACUUUUAUGGGCAAGUGCAGCUUUUCAAAUUAAAAUGGGGGAAUGAGGGUGGGAGACUUGUGCUUGAUUGCCAUCUCAUUUCCAUCUUUGGAUACAGCUCUAGCAUAAAGUUAAACAACAUCUGCAGAGAUCUGACUGACAAACAUCUCUCUGGGACUCAUCAUUGCAGCCUGCAGCAGGUGCAUUCAGCUUUGCAGUCUUUUCCAAAAAGAGGUUAGUUUGUUCUAACAUUUAUCAGUAGACCAGUGGGAGCAAGUGACUAGAGAAAAGAGGUUGGUUGUCACUUGUCCAGUGCUGGAAUACUACAGGUAAUUGGACUGGACUGGUGGGAACCACAGCAGUGUGUGUCUCACAUUGCACUGCAGCUGCUAAGGAGCUUAAUUAACCUGACCCUCAGAGACUGAAGUGUCAUGGCAUAAAAUGCAGCAUGCAAGAAAUGCAGCAGUACUUUUCAAUAAAUACUUUCUGUUGCUCGCGUUGGUGAGAGUUCCACUUUUUCAUCCUGUUCUUUAAAGAUGUGUCAUCAGCUUUUGCAUAUGCAAAUAUUUGAAAGAAAUAAUUUUCGUAAGUCUGAUAGAAUCCACAUGAAAAGAAGAUGGGGGGGCUUUAGGUAUAGAAGCAAAAAUAAAAUGAUGUUAGGUCAGAAAAAUUUAAAUUUUCCUAUUCCAAAUAUUUGAAAGUAUAUUUCCAAAUCAUGAGGGAGCAGAAAUAAGAAGUACAUUGUAGUUCUUUCUGUUUUAUUAUCUUAGAUGAACAUUUGUUGAUUUAUUUUUAUUGGACAAAUAACCCAUGUAAAAUUUUGUGGUAUCAUUUUAGCAUGUUAGGGGCUUGGGCAAGCAAACUUUGCUGAAUGUGUUGAACUUUUCCCGCAAAUAAGACAAGUAGAGCAUGUUAAAAUACUUUUAGGAUGUUACAGCGUAAUGUAGGAGUUCUGUUAGAAUGGUUCUUUAUCACAUUUUAUUACAAGUAAAUUAAAAUUUGAUUAAUUAAAUAAAAACUCUAAAAAUAUUAGUCUGUCCAUUUAUAUUUUAAAUUUCUUAAUCAGCUUGAAAUCCUGACUUACAGUGAUACACUGCCAUGGCAUUUUUAGGAGUUUCCUGUACGUUGUAAUAGUAUUCCCAAUUACUGCUGUCCUGCUUAUUAAUUGGCCCUUGAAUGGAAAACAGUUCCUAAGGUAAAAAUGCCAAUUAUAUCUUACAAGGUACUAUAUAGUCUUUUAAAAUAAUUCCGAAUUUAAAAAUAUCAUUUGGAGUCUUUUGAAGCAGUUUUACUAUUAGUUUUACUGAUUUGAACUUUUUCGUAUCCAUUGAAUGUAACUUGUCAGUUACCUAAGAGUAAUUAAGUUUUAGAGUUUGCGCAGAUUUUUUUUUUUUUUGUAAUUUAUACUUUUCUUGAGGAAUUUUUACCAGUAUUGCCAAUAACCGUUUGACUCUGAAGCCACUGUUUGUAAGAAAAGUCUAUUAAAUUUUAUUUUGAUUAAAUUGUGCAUAGUUGGUAAGUUAUUGGUAAUUAUGGUAAUUAUGGGAAAUAAGAUUAAAAUAAUUAUCUCUAGACAUCAAGAGAAUCAUUCCCAUACCUUUAAACAUAUUUAAUUUUUCCAUCAAGAUUUUUUAUUUUCGACAUUGCGAACUAUUAUUUUCUUAACAACUCUCAUCAUAUAAAAAGGAUUCUUUAAAAUUUCACCUAUAUACUUCACUGUCAUUUUAAAAUUUUUGAUAAAGAAGAUACGAAGAAUAAACAUUUUAAGACUACAAAGAGAAAAAACAACCAGAAAAAGAAUAUUAUGUACACUGACAAACCUUUUGAGUUUCUUUCAAUAUUUGCUAAGUUUCAAGCCACUAUGUGGACUUCCUUUUCCAUAACAAAAGUUGAUCAUGAAAACACGUAAUAUCUGCACUCCAUCAUUGAUCUUUUGCUGCUUCCUGCAGGGCCUGUCAUAGCAUCGUUGACAGGACCAGAUGAAAAAUGAAAUCAGUAUCUUGAGUUUUUUAACAGCAAAAUGAUUCAGGUGCUGACAGCUGCAGAAGAAAUUGCACAUGGUCCUGUACAGAAGGUAUUUCUCCACUGUGCCAUCUGCAGCGUGAAACUGACUAGGAGUACUACAUGGACUGUACUACUGAACGAGUGUGCUUGAUCCAGGGAACAGUUGAAGCACUGAAUGCAGUUCAUGGAUUCAUUGCAGAAAAAAUUCGAGAAAUGCCCCAAAAUGUGGCCAAGACAGAACCAGUCAGCAUUCUACAACCCCAGACCACCGUUAACCCAGAUCGCAUCAAACAAACAUUGCCAUCUUCCCCAACUACCACCAAGUCCUCUCCAUCUGAUCCCAUGACCACCUCCAGAGCUAAUCAGGUAAAGAUUAUAGUUCCCAACAGCACAGCAGGUCUGAUAAUAGGGAAGGGAGGUGCUACUGUGAAGGCUAUAAUGGAGCAGUCAGGGGCUUGGGUGCAGCUUUCCCAGAAACCUGAUGGGAUCAACUUGCAAGAGAGGGUU